ACGUUUGCCAUCUCAAUGCUCCUUCGAUUCUCCCAUCACCAAAUUUUUCUUUUCAUAGUUGACUUACUGCAUAUGUUUGAGCUGAAUCAACCGCUAGUUUUUCCUGCAGCUCCGCUUCUCACUGUAAUCCUUGCUCUAGUUGGAAUGGAAGCGAUAAUGUCCGAAGUUUUCGCUGAUACUACAACUGCAUUCUAUGUCAUUCUUAUUGUAUGGAUUGCUGAUCAGUACGAUGCCAUUUGCUGCCACUCACAUGUCAGUAAGCGAUUCUGGUUGAGGUGAGG